GGGGCGGAGGCGGGACUCGGCGGCCGGCGCAUCACGCCCCGCGCUCGGGCUGAGGAGAACGCUCAGGUGUCCCGCUCUUCUGAGCCUGUCACAGGGCGCGACCAGCGAACAUGCGCACUAGGAGCGCACCUGGGACGCUCCCUCCAGGCGAGGCGGGGUCAGCGAGCAGACGCAUUCGGGUUGUCACGGCAACAGCGAGCGGCCCAGGGAGCUGCCAGAGAUUCAGCGGCAGUUGAGCCCUCGGGCCGAGGGAGCCUGGGUGCAUUUCCGGACCCUGUGCUGUCCGCCGCGUAGAGCAGCGACGGUGCUGAAGGAAGGCAGAGCCCGCUCUGCCCCGUACGCGGGGUCACCUUCACAGCGGGAAGCCUGGGUCCCAGGCGCUAAAGAAGGAAAGAACCUGACGUGAAAGAAUCUGUUACGCAUCGCCACAGCUUUUCCUGAUUCAGCAUGUUAAAAAAUAAGGAUCAUUCAGCUAAAAAAGAUAACUUAGCAAUCACUGCAGUUGCCUUGCAAGAUCACAUUUUACACGAUCUUCAACUUGGACAUCUCUCAGUAGCAGAUUAUUCCAAGACAAAUGUGCAAAAGAAAGACAGCAGGUCAAAAUGUCUCAACAGAAAAGUGAGGGCAGUAAUAGACACUGGACUCAAAAAAGCUACAGAAAGACCCAGAGUGGACGAUCCAGAGGAGGAGUAUGUUCUUGACCCCAUUCCACCACCACCGACUUUAGCCCAGAAGCUGGGCCUCUUGGCUCCUCCCCCGCUGCCUCUGUCCUCAGAUGAAUGGGAGAGAGUGAAGCAGAGAUCCAUCCUGCACAGGGACUCCAUGCAGCCAUGCCCAAUAUGCAAAGAAGAAUUUGAACUUCGUCCCCAGGUGCUGCUUUCCUGCUCACACGUAUUCCACAAGGCAUGCCUUCAAGCUUUUGAAAAGUUCACAAAUAAAAAAACCUGUCCUCUCUGUAGAAAGAACCAGUAUCAAACCAGAGUGAUACACGACGGGGCUCGCCUGUUCAGAGUGAAGUGUGCCACCAGAAUCCAAGCCUGCUGGAGAGGGUACAUCGUUAGAAAGUGGUACCAAAACCUGAGGAAAGCAGUCCCUCCCACAAAUGCCAAAUUAAGGAGGAAGUUCUUCGAGGAAAAGUUCACAGAAAUCAGUCACCGCAUCCUGUGUUCCUACGACACCAACAUAGAUGAGCUCUUCUCAGAAAUUGACCUCUGCUUGGCUGUAAAUCGCAGCAUCCUUCAGCAGUUGGACGACAAGUGUGGUGGUGAGAUCACGGAAGAAGACUGGGAGAAAAUUCAAGUGCAGGCUGCUCACCGUGAAAUCUAUGAGUGUUCCAUCUGCCUGACCCCGCUCUCCCUCCAUGGUGACUGCCGGCAAGCAGCUAGAGGGACCAGCGGCCAGCGACCCCGAGAGACAGUCGUCCUGUCCUGUGCACACCUAUUCCACCAUACCUGCCUCCUGGCUUUAGAAGAGUUCUCCUUGGGAGACAAUUCCCCUUUCCACGCCUGUCCUCUCUGCCGCUCCUGCUACAAGAAGAAAAUUCUGGAAUGUUAAUUCAUGUUCAGGAAGUUAUGUAAUUCUGAAACAAGAGCAAGAAAGGGGGUGGGGCUACCUUGGUUUUGGGUAUGAGCUGUGGGAGUUUUGGGUUUAGUACACUAAAGCCUGUUCUCUAGGGACAUGGCUCUUGACGAUUAUAGAGAGGAAACCUAACAGCCCAUCUAUUCUAUAAAAAACAGUUCGUACAUUUUUUAAUCAGUGGAAAUGAGGAAUGCUGUUACUUAAAAUGUAGCUACUGUCUGACCAACAACCAGGACACUGAAACACUGUAAUUUCCAGAGUUAACAGUCUUACAACAUCCACUGCUCCCAACACUUGUGUAAGAAUCACUUUAUUUUUAUGUAACAGAUUAUUAUUGGAGUUAAACACUGUCAACAUGUAAACUAAAAAAAAUCACUCAGAGACAUUCAACACCAGAACAUGAGAUCAGUUGCUAAUGAUAGAGUGGUAUAGGCUGCUGCAGUCCAUACGUGAGCCCACUGAAGACUCCCUGGAGCCCACCUCCAGGCGAGAAUCCACAGACACCCAAGUCCCUGAUAUAAAGUGCCACAGUGUUUGCCUAUGACCUGUGCACAUCUUUCCAUAUGCUGUGAAUCACCUCUGAAUUAUACCUAGCAUUAAGUACUAUGUGAACAGCUGCUGCACAGAAAUCAUCUGCACAUGGUCAGCACAGAUAGGAUUUUUUUUAACAUUUUACCUCACAGGUUGGAGGUUGUACACAGCACUAAUAUGCUGGGCUGGGUACAUACAGUAGCCAAUAAGCAGCAUUGGUCAGGUGGCCCCAGCCACUGGAGCAGAUAAAGACCCAUCCAACACUGCUAAGCACUGAGGUGAGCAAGGCUGGGGCAUCUAUCCUGCAGACUCGUGGGCUCUCUGGCUCUUUCUCUCUCGGGGCUUUAGGUCUCCUUCAUCCUAGCCUCCCUAAGGCAGUUGGCUCACCUUAGGGAAGAACGUGUGUGAGGGAUGUGCUGGGAGGCAUUUCCCAUGUGAAGUAGCAGCCCAGCCUGAACACAAGGCAGUAGACAAGCAGGUAUCAAGCAGGGACACACACACAGGUUCAGAGCUACCCUCUAUACAGUGUAAGAAGACUAUAUUUCUAUUUAUUUUAUCCUUUUAUUCUCUGAUCAAUUUAUGGUUUAUAUGUAUAAAAUAAUCCAAAUUAAUAUACAUGUGUGAAGGUAUACUUAAAAUUUUCUUAACGAUGUAUAUACCAUUACAACAUCUGGACACUAACUUGGAGAACACUUAGACAAGUAGCAGAGGCAGAGCCACACUCUGGAGCCCCACUUUUCCAUUCAGAGGCCCCAAGUGGCAGAGCUGUCUCCAAUCUAAUGGACAGAACACAGGCACACAGCAAAGGCUCAGGUAGUCUGACUGCCCUGCCGCGCCCGCCGUGCCUACAGAGGGAAGCCAUGCCGAAGAUGCGUCCUCACUGCUGUCCCUGAAACCUGUGUUUUCACAGUAGCCCUUCUCUUGAGGCCGACAGAAUCCAUUUCUGUUCUUUGCCAUCACACUGCUAAUAGAGGAAUAAUCCUCAGGAUAAAGUCUGCAUUGGGCAUGGAUUUCAUUGGGGUCCUGAGGGCAGUGAAAAUCCCACGAGUAUUAAGAGCAAAGCCUCAGGCGGCUUGUGACAGUCAGACAAACCAGGUAACCUCCUUAUGAAAAAGUGACCUUCCUGAAUAGACAAAAAUAGGACAGAAGGCCUCCAGGGAACCAUGCACAGGGCAAACCUUCACCAUUUCACCACAGCCUCAGUCUGCCAUGUAGAAAUUAGAGAAUUGGUUGGGAAGCCAUAAGUUGGUGAGAAGGUUCCAAGGCCAUGGGGUACCACAUCCCAAGCUCUCACUGUGGCUUCCUCAGAGCAGUCCUGUGAAUUGAUCUCUUCCUUAGCUUGGUAGGUAUCUCAGUGUUACCUUGCAAGACAAAGCCAGUUUUGCCUUCUCCUCAUGCAUACCCUGAUUGUUACUUUAGGAGCCUAGCAUGCCCUGGAAUGUAGGCAAUUGUAAAGCCACUACCAAAUCCAGGGAAAGAAUACUGGUAGGGCCAGAGGCAUUUAUAAUAAUUCAUGUCACCAUCUGCAAGGAGGAUGUAACUCCUAAAUCUUCAUGAAGCAAGUAACUGUAAAGUGCUUGAAUCAAAAGAGGAUGAUGAAUUAUUAGGAAAAAUGAACAGAACAAAGGAGAACUCAACUUUUUUGUUAAGCCAUGAACAUAAGAAAACAGAACAUCUAGGUUACAAUUCAUUGUAUGUAUAUUCCACAGUAUGUCCUGUUUAUGGACACCUGGGCUGCUUACAGGCUUUAAUUAUUAUGAUGCUAUGAACAUUUGUAUUAAAAAAUCCAGAGGGCUGGGGCUGGAGAGAUGGCUCAGAGAUUAACAACACUGGUUGAUUCGAACACGGGUUCGAAUCCCAGCACCCACAUGGCAGCUAACAACUGUCUGUAACUCC